AUGACUGUCACUUACUCCAGUAAAGUAGCAAAUGCGACUUUUUUUGGAUUUCAUAGGUUACUCCUCAAGUGGAGAGGCAGCAUCUACAAACUACUGUACAGGGAAUUUAUUGUUUUUGCUGUCCUUUACACAGCCAUAAGUUUGGUGUACAGAUUGUUACUUACAGGAGCCCAAAAACGUUACUUUGAAAAAUUAUCAAUUUACUGUGACAGAUAUGCUGAACAAAUUCCAGUAACCUUUGUGCUUGGAUUUUAUGUGACUCUGGUAGUGAACCGAUGGUGGAACCAGUUUGUGAACCUGCCCUGGCCAGACAGGCUGAUGUUCCUCAUCUCCAGCAGUGUUCACGGCAGUGACCAGCAUGGGCGCCUGCUCAGAAGGACUCUGAUGCGUUAUGUAAAUCUCACGUCCCUUCUCAUCUUCCGCUCCGUGAGCACAGCGGUGUACAAAAGGUUCCCAACGAUGGACCACGUGGUAGAAGCAGGUUUUAUGACAGCAGAUGAAAGGAAAUUAUUCGACCACCUCAAAUCACCUCAUCUGAAAUACUGGGUUCCAUUUAUCUGGUUUGGAAAUCUUGCAACUAAAGCCCGGGAUGAAGGUAGAAUUAGAGACAGCGUCGAUCUACAAUCACUGAUGACUGAAAUGAAUCGCUAUCGCUCCUGGUGCAGUCUCUUAUUUGGCUAUGACUGGGUCGGGAUUCCACUGGUUUAUACUCAGGUUGUCACUCUUGCUGUCUACACCUUCUUCUUUGCAUGCCUGAUUGGACGACAGUUUUUGGAUCCUACCAAAGGCUAUGCGGGGCAUGAUUUAGAUCUUUACAUUCCAAUCUUUACUCUCCUACAAUUCUUCUUCUACGCAGGAUGGCUCAAGGUCGCUGAGCAGCUUAUCAACCCUUUUGGAGAAGAUGAUGAUGAUUUUGAAACUAACUGGUGCAUUGAUAGAAAUUUGCAGGUCUCUCUUCUAGCUGUGGAUGAGAUGCACAUGAGCUUACCCAAGAUGAAGAAGGACAUUUACUGGGACGAUUCUGCAGCUCGACCACCAUACACACUGGCAGCUGCUGACUACUGCAUACCCUCGUUUCUGGGGUCAACAAUCCAAAUGGGGCUCUCAGGCGACGACGACUGGCUGUGGAACUAUGACAAACAUGGCCACCGGCACUCCAUGAUGAGGAGAGUCAAGAGGUUCCUGAGCACCCAUGAACACCCCACCAGCCCCCGCAGGAGAAGCUUCGGAAGGCAGGCCAGCGACAGCUCCGUGUUCUUCCCCCUCAGCCCAGCUCGGGAUCUGCUGAACGUGCCCUCCAGAAGCCCCCAGAGAGCCUCCCUGGCCCGCAAGCAAUCCCACUCCCUGCAGGGCAGCCCCAAGCAUUCCAGCAUGGGGGAACUGUCCACCAUCAGGGAGACCAGCAGGACAAGCACGCUCCAGAGCCUGACCCCACAGUCCAGUAAGAGGGCCUCCCCCACCAAAAUGCCACAGGUGCCCGAGGUCUUGAUCACAGCAGCUGAAGCAUCGAUGUCCCCAACAGAUGACCACGACUCCACGACCUCCAUCUUAAGCUUUGAGUUUACUGGGGUUCAGCCAAGCAGCACUGGGCAGCAGGAAAACCCCUUGGGAUCAGUCCUGUCCCUCUCAGAGAAGACACUUUCCAGGGCCCCAAGUCAUCAGACUAUUCCAGCCAGUAAUGAGAUAGACAUGUUCAAGUUUGAGGAAGCCCUGGAGGAUGACAGGUUCCCAAAACGGUGGAGCCUUCCAGCGUUUGGGGAGUCUAGACAUGCUUCUCUAGGAAACCUGAGUCCAGACCCUGUGACUCCAGGUCUUUUAAUCCACACCGAAACAGCCUCAGAGACCAACGGAAUCAACCCUGGGGCUGCCGCUGCAGUCUCUCCUGAUGUGCUGUAUUUAAUAGAAAACCUGGAUACCAAGGAAACAGAUAUCCUAGAAUUUAACAACGAGCAAACUGAGGAAUCACCCAAAGGAAUGCCACAAAGCCCUAGGACCCGGUUCUAGCCCAGAGCCAGGCUUU